AUGUUACCUGAAGGCCACUGUAGUUUCUCCGACACGCUUGGAAAGGGAGGGUUGAGCGGAGGGGUAUUCAGUUAGUUGCUAUCUGCAACCUAACCGCUAGAUGCCACUAAAUUCUACACACUGGUCCUUUAAAACAAAGCUUUCCCCUUUUGAAAGAGUUCGGGUUCCCCUUACCUUUCUUAACCUCCCUUUUUCAAAGUGCAUCCAAACAUGAGAUUAUUCCAAGAUAAUAUUGUUGCCUAAAUCCUGCAUUUUUUUUUUUAAAUCCAGGAGAGUCUCCUCUGAUCUCAACGCUUCGAGUUCUCAUCGUGGGACCAAAGCAGGUUGGGAAGAGCUCGGCUGGAAACGCCAUUCUUGGAGAGGAAGUAUUUCCUGCUGGACUUCCGACACCACAGUGCAUCGAGAGACGCAGUGACGUUCAUAAGAAGCGUGUCACUGUGGUCGAGGCUCCUGGCUGGCAUGGCAGAUACUGCUCAGAGGAAACUCCACAGGAGGUCCAACAGCACUUUACCCACAGUGCAUCUCUGUGUGCCCCCAUUCCCCACGCCGUCCUGGUGGUCGUACGCAGCGAUGAAACGUUCACUGAAACGGACCGGUUGAAAGCGGAGGAACACUUGAGCUUGCUCGGAGUCUGGGUGUGGACGCGAGUCAUCGUGUUGUUCACUUGGGGAGACAAACUGGGAGUCACUCCCAUUGAGGAGCACAUCGAGAGAUGGCCUGCCCUUCAGUGGCUGGUGGACAAAUGUGGGAACAGAUAUCAUGUUUUCAAUAACUCAAACAAGGUCGGAGACAUUCAGGUUAGAGAACUGCUGGCGAAGAUUGAGGAAACGGAGGUUGCGAAUGAUACCGGACUGUUGUUGCGUAGUUUUAUGAAACUCCAAGAAAGCAACAGGAAACUGGAUCAAAGCUCCCAAAAGAAAGCAAGACAACUCAAGAAGGCGAGGAGGGACAACGAUCUGCUGAGGCAAGCAGCCGAGGAGAAGGAGAGAAUAGUAGAGGACAUGAUUAAAACAGCUAAAGAGAAAGAAGAGCAGAUUGAAACUCUGAAAGCGGCGAGGGAGUCAGAAGAGAGGGAAAAGAAAGACUAUGAAGAAGAGAUUGGCAAAAGAUUAGUGGAGGCCGAGCGGGAGAACAACCAGCUCAAACAAGUCAUGAUGGGGAAAGACAGACUGACAACAAGCCUGAGUGAAAGAUGUGCUGUGAAAGACGAUGUGAUUAAAGCUACAAAGCAAAGCAGUGAGCUGGAAAAGGAAGUGCUCGAGGAAAGAGUGAAGGAACAAGAGCAAGAGAUGGAAGGCUUUAAGAAAAAGUGUGAGAAGAAAGAUAAAGAGAUGGAUCAAAUGAUGAUGAAUCACAAAAGAGAAGCAGAAGAGCUUCAAGAGACAAUUGAACAGCUGAAGAGAGAAAAUGAAGAUACAAAGAAGGUGUUGAAGGCCACGAUCGAAGGGAUGCAGAGGCGCUAUCAGAGAAAAGAAACUGAAACAAAAACUGUGCAUUUUAACAAAAGUAACCACCACAGGAAGACAAUGUCGGACCUCGAGUCAUUAGAGGAGCUCGCCCGACAACGAAAAUGGGCGUUCACGGUGCCAUUGAGCCACUAUGGAGACACUGUUAAACCCAUUACAGAGACAGAACAGAAAAGGCUGGUAGUGUUGGACAAUGACAUCAUGGUGCAUGAGAAGAGAGGGACUGCUAACCAAGUGUGGCAACUUGAGGCUGACUGGACUCCGUCGUUGCUGAGGGCAGGAGGCGCUGCGCUGGGAGCUGCAGUCGGAGCCCUUGCUGGCUCCUCUAAGUUGGCUACAGGGAUGACUACCAGGUCAGCUGUUGGGGCUGCAGCUGGGGCUCUAGUGGGCAGCUUACUGGUCCAAGGAGCCAGGCUUCAGCAGGGGAAAAUUAAGUCGGACACCAAAGGCAAGUGAGAAUCUACCAUGAGACAUGAGAUGCAUUUUGAGUCACCAUGGACAUAAAACUCCUGGGUUAAGACCUAUGAUGGAUGGGGAGCAGAUUUCAGUGUGAAUCCAUUAAGUUAUUUCUCAAUCAAGCAAGGUCUGUUCUUGCCCACAUCAUUUCUGAUCAGAGAAAAUAAAUGAAGACAUCUGUGUGGAUGUUUGUUCUUUAAAUGUAAUGAGGUUGAAAUUAUUCUAAACCUUUAAAGCAGCAGUAGGCAAGAAUGGAGCAAAUAUGAUUAAAAAAGUUAUUUUUAUAAAA